GCAGAUUCUUAAGCUUCCCAGUUAUCUUUUCUCUGGAACUCUCCUAGGCCACACCCCCUGAUGCAACAUCUGGGUUUGGGCAGAAAGGAGGGUGCUGCCCAGCCCGCCUCUUCUGAGGUGUCUGGGCUGGCUCCUCUUUCCAGAACAAUUCAGGCUUUACAGCGACUCAGACUCAGCUCCAACUUCUGCGUUCCGAAGCAAGGAUGGCUGAUACGGAAAGAGUGCUUCAUUCUGGAAGGAAACAAUGUUCCAGUUCAAACUGAGCCUGCCAAACAGAGACCCUCACAAUGGUUCUAGAAGAAAUCGAGACAAGUCUUAUCAUGUGGUUUUCCUACGCCUUGAUUCCUUGUUUGCUCGUGGAAGAAGCUGAGACGUUGAAGCAGGCCAGAAAAAGUUUGGAAGGACAAAGCAAAAGGAAUAAAGAAGAUGUUGCUGUGUUUUCUGACACAUUUGCCAUAAGGGCUGUUGGAGAUGGAGUGGCUGUUCUGCCUGCCCCUCAGAACCUCUCUGUACAAUCAACCAACAUGAAGCAUGUCUUGACAUGGAGCCCAGUGAUUGUGCCUGAAGAAAUAAUACACUAUUCUGUCGAGUACCAAGGAGAGUAUGAGAGCCUGUACAUGAGCCACAUCUGGAUCCCCAGCAGCUGGUGCUCGCCCACCCAAGGGCCCGAGUGUGACAUCACUGAUGACAUCACCGCCACUGUACCAUACAGCCUCCGGGUCAGGGCCACCCUGGGUUCACUGACCUCAGCAUGGAGCACCCUGAAGCACCCCUUUAAUCGAAACUCAACCAUCCUCACCCCACCUGGGAUGGAGAUCACCAAGGAUGGCUUCCACCUGGUUAUUAAGCUGGAAGACCUGGGGCCACAGUUUGAGUUCUUCGUGGCCUACUGGAAGAGAGAGCCUGGUGCCAAGGAACACGUCAAGAUGGUGAGGCGCGGGGGCAUUCCGGUGCACCUGGAAACCAUGGAGCCAGGGGCUGCACACUGUGUGAAGGUCCGGACGUUCGUGAAGGCCAUUGGGAGGCACAGUGCCUUCAGCCAGACAGAAUGUGUCAAGGUGCAAGGAGAGACCCUGCCGCUGGCACUGGCUCUGUUCUCAUUUGUGGGCUUCAUGCUGAUCCUCGUGGUUGUGCCGCUCUCCAUCUGGAAAAUGGGCCGGCUGCUCCAGCACUCCUGUUGCCCCGUGGUGAUGCUCCCCGACACCUUGAAAAUAACCAGUUCACCCCAGAAGCUGAUCAGCUGCAGAAGGGAAGAGGUAGAAGCCUGUGUGGCGGCCGGGCUGUCUUCUGAGGCGCUCCUCAGGGCCUGGAUCUAGCAGAUGAAGCCUAGAAACCUGGUCUGCCGGACAUGGAACAGUGAGGGGAAGGGCCGUGCUUCGGCUUUCCUCCAAGGACAAAGGACAAGAGAAGAAGAGCCUGCUGUGUCUGUGUGAGAAGCAACUGUCAGAGGUAGAGUGGUGUGGCUGACGGAGCACUGAGAGGGGGUCAGGGGAUGCAACGUCCAGCACUGGAUCUCUCUGCUGUCCUCUAGGGGGAUGACCCUGUGGAAGGUGCUUCGUCUCUCAGUUUUCUCAACUAUACAAGGAGGGGAUUAAGUACCCAACCAUUAAACCAUAUGUAUAUAUAUCCAUAUCAUCUCUCCACCACUUGCAGAGCUGUAGGGAAAUUGGCAACACUGUGCAUUGGGAUUGGUUCUGCUUUUCUGAAGAGCAGUAGAUACACGUGUAACAGGAAUAAUCCCAGGCUCUAUACACCUGCUGGCUUGGAGAUCCUGCUUUGCUAGAGGAACCUUGAAGGGGAAAGGAAGGGUGGGUGCAAUGGGGUUGAUUUCACUUCAAGCCAAAUGCCUGCUCAGAGGUGACUGAAUGGCUCAGCCAGCUCUCCAAACCAUGACCCGGAGGGAGGCCACAGCCCCCUGAAAAUGGGCUGCGCGCAGACGCCGCAGACAUGUGAAAUGCUGUACAGGGUAGAUAGUGUGUGCACACUGAGGACAGCAGCUAAAAUGCAUGUGCAUGAUAAGAUGAGACCGCAGAAGGAUGUUGAUCAUAAGUGCGAUGUUUGCUGUGUUCCUUUUUCCUGUACUGUUGUUAUAGCACUGAAUGAAAAAUAAAAAGGUGUCACCUUGGGUAA